AUGUGUUGGCAGGAGAAUGCAGAAGUGGUGGUUAUGCUGACGAGACCGGUUGAAGAGGGAAAGGAAAAGUGUGGUGUUUAUUACGCGGAGGAUGUGGACGAGGUUAAGACGAUAGGGUACUGGGAGGUUAGAUGUGUGGGGAAAGAAGAAGAGGGGGGAAAUGUUCGGAGGACAUUGAAAGUGAAGAGGGUAAAGAGAGCGGCGAGUAGUGUGAGCACAAAAAGCAGUGCGAGUGUUGAGAAUGGAGCGGUUGGAACGAUUGAAGCAAUAGCAGAGGGUCACCCUGGGACAGAAAAAGAAUCAGAAAAUACAACGGAGGAAUUACAAGAGGAAGAAGCAGAAGCAGAAGCGGAAGCAGAAGCGGAAGCAGAAGCAGAAGUCGAAGAACGUACAAUCCAUCAUUUCCUCUUCGAAUCUUGGCCCGAUAAUGAUAUCCCUCAAUCUCCCGCCGAUAUACAUGCCCUCCUCUCCCUCCUCGACGUCUCGCGCGCAGCUAAUAAUCAUUCAACCACGCCUCGCAUAAUUCACUGUUCGGCAGGUGUUGGUCGUACUGGUACAUUUAUCGCGCUCGAUCACCUUCUGAGGGAACUGGAAAUGGGUCAUCUGGAUGGGUUAUCGAGAGAUAAGGAUCCGGUCUAUGAAACAGUAAAGAGACUGAGGGAUCAGAGAAUGUUGAUGGUACAUAGGGUCGCACAAUUUGUGAUGAUUUAUAAUGUUCUGAAGGAGAAGUGGUUGGAGAGAGAAAGAGAAAGGAUUCCGAAGGAAAGGGAGGGAGAUACGGAUGUUGAGGGGGAGGCUGAGACUCCUGGGGCUGGCCCGGUGAAAAAGAGGAAAUUUGGUGGGCUGGGCUGCACAAGUGAGGAAAGUAGAAAUGGAGCCGGUGUCAAAUCUCCCCAAGCGUGA